AUGCUUGAGAGUAAGCUUGUACUGAGGGUUGAUCAGGAGGAGCUCGAGACAAUGAUUCCGCAAAUUGGGGGCCUUGUAAAGAUAGUUAAUGGGGCAUAUCGAGGAUCAAAUGCAAGGUUGCUCGCAGUCGAUACUGACAAAUUUUGCGCCAAGGUUCAGAUUGAGAAGGAAUAUAUGAUGGGAGGAGAGCUUACUGACGGUGGGCAAGAUCUUUAUAUAAGAAUACUAGCUUCAAACAAAGCUUACAAACCUCCAGUGAAAAUACCAGUGGUGAUUGUGGCUUCCAUUGCUGGGUUCUGCGGAGUGCUUCUUGUGAGUUACUGUGUUUGCAGGUGGAAGAUGAAAUCUAAAGAGGAAAAUGGAGGAGACAACAUCAGUGAAGAGGCAAAUGUAGAUUUGGAUCUACCCUUAUUUACGUUGGCUACCUUAUCUCUGGCCACAGAGAAUUUUUCUGUAAACAUGAAAGUCGGUGAGGGAGGAUUUGGACCUGUCUACAAGGGCACACUAGAAGACGGUCAAAAUAUCGGCGAAGAAAAAAUAUUGGUUUAUGAAUACAUGCCCAAUGGAAGUCUGGACUCGUUUAUCUUUGAUCAAACAAGAGCGAAACUAUUAGAUUGGUCUAAGCGCUUCAAUAUCAUUUGUGGAGUUGCUCGGGGACUUCUCUACCUUCAUCAAGAUUCCAGAACUGUUGUAGGUGAUCAAAGUGGAGAAAAAACAAAGAGAAUUGUGGGAACAUGUGGUUAUAUGGCCCCGGAAUAUGCUUUUUAUGGGUUGUUUUCCAUAAAAUCCGAUGUUUUUAGCUUUGGCAUUCUACUACUGGAGGUCGUUAGUGGAAAGAAGAAUCGUGGGUUUGAUCAUCCACAGAACCAAAAUCUUAUUGGAUAUGCUUGGAGAUUGUGGACAGAAGGCAGGCCACUUGACUUGAUUGAUUCAUUGUUGGACGAUACAGGCAUUCGACCCGAGAUGUUAAGAUGCAUCCACGUAGGUCUCUUGUGUGUGCAGCAAUCUCCAGAAGAUAGGCCAACAAUGUUAUCAGUGGUUUUGAUGUUAAAUGGAGAAAGUACAUUGCCUCAGCCAAAACACCCUGGUUUUCUGAUAGAUUUGAUUCCAGGUGAAACCUGUCCUCCAUCCAGCUGCAAUGAACGUGGUUCAGCCAAUUAUUCUUCUAUUACGUUGUUAGAGGCUCGAUGA